GCGGAGAAACGGAAGCGGAAGUUCCGCCAUCUCCUCGUACCAUCCAAGUAACAGCAGGGUCAGUACAGACGAUAUAUUUCACAAAGUAUAGUAUUAAAAUCAGUUACAUUACGUUGUAUAUAUUUAUACGACGAACCGGACUCGAGAGGUGAUAGUUGUUAAGUUAAAUCACUGUCGCCUCUCUCUGUCACACACUCACUCGCGUCUCUUUAUGAGUUCAGUUAGCAUAGUGCCGCGCGCACAUCUCUUAAGUGAGUGUUUUUAAAUCAGUACCGUGACAGAGACAACAACAACAACAACACCUUCCUUUACUCCCGCCCUCCUGUCUUCACUACACGGACUCUGCUUUCUCGCUUUCUCCUUGACGUCUGAUCUUGUUUGAGAGCGAGACCUGGAGCUCAGCGUGGUUAUUUCACCCCAAAUCUGUGCUUCUGGGCCCCGAUGUGGCCGUGCGGAGGUUUGGAACAGUGGACAGGCUAAACAGUGAGAGCUCUGUGACCCUGAACUGAGCACGCACACAGAGAGACAGGGGGGGGAGGGGAAGAGAGACCGACACUCCCAGAUUUAGCACAACCUGAUAGCCAGCCUGUUGCCAUGUCGACAUCAUCGCUUCGGCGGCAAGUGAAAAACAUUGUUCACAAUUACUCAGAGGCAGAGAUAAAGGUUAGGGAAGCAACCUCUAAUGACCCAUGGGGUCCCUCUAGCUCUCUGAUGUCAGAGAUUGCAGACCUGACAUACAAUGUAGUGGCCUUCUCAGAGAUCAUGAGCAUGGUCUGGAAGAGACUCAAUGACCAUGGCAAGAACUGGAGACAUGUCUAUAAAGCUAUGACUCUAAUGGAGUAUCUGAUAAAGACAGGUUCAGAGCGAGUGGCACAGCAAUGCAGGGAAAACAUCUACGCCGUUCAGACACUCAAAGACUUCCAGUACAUAGAUAGAGAUGGCAAGGACCAGGGUGUGAAUGUACGGGAAAAGGCUAAGCAGCUUGUGACUCUGCUAAAAGACGAGGAAAGGCUACGAGAGGAGAGAAUCCAUGCACUCAAGACCAAAGAGAAGAUGGCACAGACCAGCAGUGCCUCUUCGGCCCCUUCUGCUCCUGCUUUAGGGGGAGGACUGCCCACAGGACCAGAUGCUGAGCAGGCGUGGCCCCAAAGCUCAGGAGAAGAGGACCUGCAGCUACAGUUGGCACUGGCUAUGAGCAAGGAGGAGGCGGAGCAGACUAGCACUGACCCUCUGGAAGAUGCAGAGCUCCGCUACGCACUCACAGUCAGCAAGGAGAUUCACCAAAAGGAGGAGCGUCUGCGCAGGGGGGACGACCUGAGGCUGCAGAUGGCCAUCGAGGAGAGUAAGAGGGAGAAAGCCAAGCCCGAGGAGUCGUCUCUGAUGGAGUUGAGUGCGGUAGAUCCGUGGGGGGCCCCUGCAACAGGCUCUGCAGGACCCUCUCCUCCUCCCGUUUUGGCUCCUGCACCUACAACUGGACCUUGGGGCACGGCUGACCCUUGGGGAGCCGUCUCCCCUGCCUCUCCGCCAAGUGCUGACCCCUGGGGUGGAGCACCACCAACAGUAGCCCCAGACCCAUGGGCUGACACCUCAUCUGGAGUGAAUUCUGACCCCUGGGCAUCUACAGCUGUGACCCCUCCAAGUGCCAACCCUUGGGCUCCCUCUGUGGCUUUGGCCCCUACCCCACUAUCAGGGUCAACUGAUCCCUGGGCAGCGGAAGGAGCUGCUCCUGCCACUGAUGGUUUGACCUCUGACCCCUGGAGUGGCUCAGUUAAACAGACUAAUGGCACAGCAGAUCCAGAGAGAAGAGACUCCUCAGUGACAGGUGAUGCAGGUGGUGGAGGGAGCACAGGCUCUCCGGUGUCCUUUGAUCUUUCAUCACUCGGCUCCUCCCUGCCUGUUCGAAAAACACCAGAAUCAUUCUUGGGGCCCAAUGCAGCGCUUGUGGAUCUGGAUUCACUAGUAUCAUCAAAACCUAAACCUAAACAACCACCACCACCACCAAGCAUCUCCUCCGCAUCUCACAACCCCUUCCUUCAGACACAGGGUCCCUCCUCAUCAGGUAUGAGCGUUACACCGGGAAGUACCAUUUCUAGUCGAGGGGUGUCUCCAACCCCUCCUUCCACUUCUAAUCCUUUUGGCGCAACCCCAAUGGCAUCUAUCUCCCCUCAACCCUCUUCACUUUGUCUGAGCCAGCUCCGUGCAAGCCCUGUUCCCCCAAAUCCUAUGCUGGGUCACAUGCCUCCACCAAUGGUUCAGCCAGGUAUGGGCAUGCCAGGAAUGGGGGUCCCUAUGGUGGCCCCGGGGAUGGGCAUGGGAAUAGUACAGUCCAGCUCAAUGGGCAUGCCUUUCAGUGGAAUAUCCCCCAUGGGUCAGGCAGGAAACCCCUUGCUGAUGGGCCCGGUAGGCCCUGCGCAGCCUACACUGAUUUUGGGCGGGCCAACAGGGGUGCAUGGAGUAAUGGGAACAGGGGGAUCUGUGGGAGGUGGAGCCACAGGCACAAGCACCAAUCCUUUUCUCCUUUGAGAGUUUUUACCAAUCCCACGUGCUCUGUCCACUCAAGAACCAAUCCAAACCUGCCCUCCCAACACAAACAGUUUAUGUUUGACAAAAAAGAAAUGUGUACAUCUCUAUAUUUAAUGAAAAUAGUAAAAAACAAAAAUGGUAUUUUCUUUCACAAAAAAGCGUUUCAUUUUUUAUUUUUUCAUUUUAUUUUAUACAGUAUUUGAGGUCUUUUUAUUUCCCUAUUCAUUUUUUAUUUUA